AUGGGGAAGAGCUCGCUGCUUUGUUCCGUGCUAGACAGGGACGUGGUCGAUGUUUCGUCUUAUUCAUCGGCUUGUACAGCGUUCCCCACCAUCAUUGCCUAUAAGGACGGGGCCAGUGAUGAUUCUGUGGAGAGCGAUGUCGUUGUGGAGUAUCUGGGGCAUGGGGAGAUUAGAGACUAUGUUGAGGAGCAGGCGAAGAGCUAUAGUUUUGCGUUUCCGAGGAAAUGUAGAGGCAAGGCUCUGUUGGGAGUUGGUGAGGGUCAUGGUGGUACAGACAGCGGAAGUGGUGAGGAGGGGGACGAGAUUGAUGAGAAUGGGGGCCAAAUGGAGAGGAGGAAGAUGAUGAAGAAGAAGAAGAAGAGGAGGGCGAUGAAGAAGAGGAGGGCGAUGAAGAAGAGGGGGGCGAUGAAGAAGAGGAAGGCGAUGAAGAAGAGGAGGGCGAUGAAGAAGAGGAAGGCGAUGAAGAAGAGUCUGAAGCUGAGAAGCAGCAAAUUCUCGACAGCGCCCGAACAGCACGAGAUUUCUUCCGCAUCAUUUUUAAUGCCCACUGAAACCAGGGAUGUCAUCAACAGCUGGAGAAUGCGCUCGAAUAUACGGAUAUCGAGAGUAGCAGAUUCGCUGACAUGUGCGUAA